CCCGUCAUCCCUCCUACAUCCAGCCGCCGCUGCCGCCGCCGCCAGAGCUGCCGCUGCCUCCAUCCAAUACUCCUUCGGCCUUUCGGUGUGACCUCCGGAAUACUCGUCCUCUCCUCAACAAUCUUGCUAUCUUCGAGAUCCUGAUCCGACGAUCAUCUUGCGUCAAUUGUAUGCCCCAAGUAUCGAAGAGCAAGUAGAGCAACUCCACCUAUCCGGCCUAGCAACAAGACCUUCAAAAUGGCCGCCGCCGUAGCUUCUGCAUACCACUGCCGGCCCUCAUCGUCGUCGUCUUCGUCGUCUUCGUCGGCCUCGACAUCGUCAUGUGGCGCCGCCAGCUACGCUCAACACCACAAGGUUGCCUCGUCAUCAUCGAGGCGAUCCAGCCGAUCUAGCAACUCAGCAAUCGAGCAUGACCGCUUCUAUGGCCACCGAGACCUCGCCGAGCUGUGCGAGCGAGUCAUUCUCGCCCUCUUCUCUUGCCCUCUCGACUCGACAUCGUCGUCUGUCUCAUCGUCACCUUCGAGCUCGACGACCAAGGCAGCACCGCGACUCUCCGAAUUCAUCGCCUACGCCCUCCACCGUACGCGCCUGCCCCUCGCCGUCACCCACCAGGCCCUUUUCCUCCUCAAGCGUCUCAAGUCGAGGUUCCCCGCCGCCCGGGGCUCUUCUGGUCACCGCCUGUUCAUCUCGGCCCUUAUGCUUGCCAGCAAGAGCACCUGCGAUGACACCUACUCGAACAAGAGCUGGACCAUCGUUGGCCAAGGGCUCUUCUCCCUCCGAGAAGUCAACCAGAUGGAGCGCGAGCUCUUUGGCUACCUCGGCUUCCGAGUCAAUGUAGAGAUUGAGGAGCUCGACGACUUUGUCGCCGGACUCGAGCAGGGCCGCAUCCAUGCACCUGUUGAGCCACCUUCGCCCAACAUGAGCUCCAUGGCCGAUCACGACCAGUUCGAGGCUCCUCGACACCACCACCUUGCCGCCGCCGUCGAAGACGUUGAGAUCGUCGGUGCACCUUCCGCUGUCUCGCCAUCGGCAGCCUCGGAGCCAUGCUUCCCGGACCGCUACGCCCCUGUGGCACCCUUCAGCAGCCGCGCCAGCAUUGCAGGCUACCCAUCCAUGGCAUCACAACCUAUGGUCUCAUCGAACAGCGUUCCUGGCGCUAGCUCCAGCGACACGGCCUUGGACAGGGCGAGCGCCAACUAUCGCAGCCACUCGGUCUCUCAACAGUACAACAACAGCCAUCAGCGAGCAUACACGGUCCCUCCUUCAACGCAGCCUACGCACCUCUGCGUGCCCGGCGCAGCACCGGCCGUCUACUACAACCCUGGCUCGCCCUCAUCGUCGCGCGGCAGCAUCUCCUACGGCUCUGUCAUGUCAUCUUCGGACUCAGCUAUGUCCCACCUGCCCAGCCCAUACGACUCUGCCGCCUCGAGCAGCCGUACUACACCGCAGACGCCCGCCUCGGAGUUCGCCGACUCGCCCUCUAACGGCGACGACUUCGUCUGGGAGGCAGUCGACCCGCUCGACGCACCCCAAGGUGCCCCGGCUGGCACGUACGACGCUUACGCAGCCUACCAGCAGCACGCCGCUCAGCAACAGCAGCAGCAGCAGCAGCAGCGCGCCCACCAGAUCAAGGCAGCCGCUCCUCGCUUUACAUCGAACCCGUUCGCAUCCUCCACCGCAGAGGCAUCAAAAGCAGCAAAUGCUGCAGCAGCCUACCGCUAUCAGCAGCAGCAGGCAUACGGCGACCACCCAUCAUGGUCGUCUUAGACUCUUCUCAAGCUCCCUGACUUCUCAAUGAUACCGUCCAUAGUGACCCUACGCCUCUCGAAGUAACGACAGACCCUCUUUCCCCUCCUUUACGACAAGGCCAAAUCCAUCAAAUAGCUAAGCAUUCCAUUCCGACUACCAGCGACGGUCAGCCACGCCGGCCCGUGGGAUCGUGCGGACCUCGAUCUCUCGUCAGACAACGUCA